GAUUCCCUUCCUUGCUCGCACGCCCGAUGCCCUGCUCCCUGUGGAGGCGCUCCGUGCAGUCCUCCCUCGCCCUCUGCCGCUUCGACUCCAUCCCCAUCUCCCCUGGCCUUCCUCUCCUCCAUCGCCGGCACUGGGCCCUGCCGUGUGAGUCCCUCCUCUCCGACAGCGAGUCCUCGUCCGCCCCCGAAGACUGCUGCUCCCACCACUACCACUCCCCGAGAACCACCGAGAGGAUCAGCUACCGACCGUGCAGGCUCGCCGCCUCCCGACGAAGGUACUCCUUGUCAAGACAAUGGUCCUGCAAGGCCGAUAUGAUGAAGAGGAUGCGGGCCAACCUCUCGCACCGGGGCUGGAUUCUGGGCUCCCCGAAUUCGCUCGAAGUCGAGCUGUGCGAGCGCAAUGUGGUCGCCCUGCUGAACGAUCUGUUCGAGGGCAGCUCCGACGCGGCGCUGGCUUUCUACUUCUUUAGGCUGUCGCAAUGGUACAACGGUUCGAAGCACGGCGUCCGUGCGGUUUCCACUAUGGUGCACAUAGCGGUCACCGGGAAUAUGAACCACAUCGCAGUGAAGCUUCUCCGAAGUAUUGCUAGGAAUGUUGACGAGCACAGCGACGGAGUACAGCAUCAGCUGGUGUUUGAUGUACUGAGAGAAACUUACAGUAGUAGGAGAGUUUUGGAAACUGUAUAUAGCAUGCUCGUUAUGUGUUACGUAGAUAAAGGAAUGGUCAAGAUGGCUAUUAGGUUGGUGGAUGAUAUGAGGAACCUUGGCAUGUACCCGACCAUCCGUGUCUACAAUUCUCUGAUCAAGCUUCUGCUGGAAUCCAAGCAGUACGAAGUUGCAUGGCAAUUAUAUGUGGAAAUGCCUAGUAGCUCGUUUGGCUCUAACCAGUGGAUCGUAAGGAUCGUGAGCUUAUUUAUCCGGGAGCUCGGUGCUCAUGGGGACUUCGACUGUGCUUGUAAAUUGCUCUUUGAGAUUCAGAAAUACGGUGGCCAAGCCGAUGUUGUUGUGUAUACAACGAUGAUAAAUGCCUUGUGCAAAUGGGGGCUCCUCAAAGAGGCAACUGCUCUAUUAUAUAAAAUGUUGCAGUUGGGCAUCUCUCAUGAUGAUGUUUUGGUUUCUUCAGUUGUCAAUGGCUACUGCAAAGCUGGUAGGUUGGUGGAUGCCGCACAUCUUUUGAACUCUCUAAGCGGCAUUCCUGAUGUUUUCGUGUAUAACAGCUUCAUAUUGAUGUUAUGUAAAAAUGGCAAUAUGGUAGAAGCUUACGAGCUGUUCAAAGAGAUGUUUGAGGUGGGGUUGGAUCCGGACUCCUUCAAUUACACAGCUAUUAUUGAUGGUUACUGUAGAGCAUGUGAGCUAGAUCAGGCUUUGAAGACAUUUGCUCUAAUGCUGAAAAGAGGGGUUAAACCAACUGUUAUGACAUAUACAGUGUUGAUAGAAAGUUACUGUGACAGAAAUGAUCUUUGUGGUGCAGAGUACAUGCUUUCUGCGAUGAAAAUGGAGGGUGUGCAACCAGAUGUUGUCACUUAUAAUACAUUGAUCAAUGGUUACAGCAAGAAGGGUCACAUGCAUAGGGCAUAUGAGUUGAAGGAUGUCAUGGAAAAGGAUGGUGUAUCCACAGAUGUGGUGACAUAUAAUAUUCUCAUGCAUGGACUCAUCAAGAGAGGCUAUGUCAAGGAAUCAAGAGAAGUCUUUAAUGAACUUGUUAGAAGGGGGUUUUCUCCUGACAGAAUCACAUUUACCAAUGUAAUCGACAGUUAUUCUCAAGAUGGAAAUUUGGAAGAAGCAUUUCUCAUAUGGUGUAGCAUGAGCAAUAAUGAAAUAACACCUGAUGUUGUCACUUGUAGUGCUCUCCUUAAUUGUUUCUGCAAAAGGCAGCGCAUGCAAGAUGCAAGUGUUUUAUUUCACAAGAUGUUGGAUGCUGGAUUGGAGCCUGACCUAAUAUUGUACAACACUCUCAUAUGUGGAUUCUGUAAAGAAGGGAAUAUUAGUGAAGCUUGCCGUUUUAUGUUCAUGAUGAAUGAAAAUGAUAUUUUUCCUAAUAAUCUUACAUAUGAGGCUCUGGUUUGCUGCUUUGAGAAAAUUGGAGUGAAAAAUGCAGCUGAAAAUGCUGCCAUGAAGAUGCAGGAAAUUUUCUUUGAAAAAUGUAAUGAUUGAUUCUUGAUGAAUUUUAGAUGUGCUUUGAUGCCAUUAUAUUGAUUGGUGGAGCUUUAAAACAAUUGUUUCACCUGCCAUCUUCAAACUACCAUGAGGGUGAAGUUCCUUAGAGAAACUUUGGUGGACAAGUCUCUCUAUUCAAGCCAGUAAGGUUGUCAGCCAAACAAAAAGACUAAAGCUGCAUGGAGUAUACUUCCAUAGUGUGGUAGAUUCCUCCCUGAGCAAAUAUCGAAGACAUCUUGAUUUGCUACCUCAGUCACGAUUUCCUUCAAUUCUUCGUUGAUCCACUUUCAAUUCAAAUGGAGGAGCUUUUACAUUUAGGUACUUCAUUGGAUAGUGAAGACAUUUCACAAUCACAAGAGACUUGCUAAGAACCAAGUAGUUGUAUGUGAUGAAUUGUCAAGGCUGUCCAUGGCCAAGCUUCCACCAAGACAUUGAGAAGAUAUGUGAGGAGGAUACUGAGUUCAGGGUUCUGCAGAAUGAUACCUGUGACAGAAUACUCUUCUACAGUGCAUUGUGCUUGAGACUUCUUGGUAGCUUUUAACGUAGUCAACAGCAGUUCCCUCAACCUGAGAUGGAAGAGCUUGGUUACGAUGGAUACUGCAACAGUAUGGAUUAUUACGGACAUUACCUGCUCAAGGAUGAUCAGAGAAGGGCAGUUUCGAGGGUGAGGGAGCUGUUGAGAAGAAUUGAGGUGGUGAAGUCACACAAAGGAGGAAAAUAAGGCACAGAAGUGCAACUCUGCAACCUACAUUGUGAACAUGGGUGAUUUGUGAUGUUACAAGCACCAGCAUGCUUAGCACAGAUAUUUAUUGAGCUUGAACAGUAGCUUCAUUUCUUGAACAAAAAGUCAACCAAUUCCAGCAUGGAAGAAAUGAAUCAUGCCAUAUGCCUUCCCUUUUUGUACCACAAGGAGAAAUGAUGACUGCUGAUGGAGUUCCAAAGGUCAAGGAAGCUUGUGAUGACAUGGCAGAGUGAAAGAUCAAGUUUGGCUUAUUGAACUAGUUAGUGCUUCAAACAGAAUCUACAUUUUAUUAGCAGUAUUUGGACAUUGGAGAAUAAUUUUUUACAGAACCCAAAUCUGAUGAAUUGAGAACUAGAAUUACGUAUUCAAAAGCUGAGUUAACAAAUAAGGUGAUGCAAUUAGUGCGGCUCCCAAAUUGAAAAUUGGAGAUCAAGAUGUGGUUUCAUGUUUCGUCAUAAGGGAGCAGAAGAUGCAAGAGUCACCUACCAGAAAAGAAGAGGACAACAUUGGCAUUCAGGUGGAGGGAUUGAUCAAAAGACAAUAUAUAUUUGAGAGACAUGAUUAUAUGAUAAACAAAAACAAUAUUGGCAUUCAAGUGGAGGGAUUGAUCAAAAGACAAUAUAUAUUUGAGAGACAUGAUUAUAUGAUAAACAAAAACAAUAGUGACUAAAAGCAUGAAAAGAUCUUAUCAUCUGCAGAAGAUGCAAGAGUCACCUGCCAGAAAAGAAGAGGACAACAUUGGCAUUCAGGUGGAGGGAUUGAUCAAAAGACAAUAUAUAUUUGAGAGACAUGAUUAUAUGAUAAACAAAAACAAUGGUGACUAAAAGCAUGAAAAGAUCUUAUGACAGUUAAUGUACCUCAUGCAUGGAUCACUUCCAUAUACAUUGUUGAGAAUGUAGCUUUCCAUCCGACAGAAGAUCUGAAAUAGUCUUUGCAAGCUGUGCUGCUCCAUGUCGAGGAAUUAGAACAUCAGGAUUACAUCAAACAGCACAUGGGUCCCCAUGGCUUCCACCUAAACACCAACCUCCAGGAACUAUCCUACCAGGACCCAGGCUCAAGUUUCCUUGUCAAUGUGGUCAAGAACAGGAUCGUUCUUAGAGAACCUAGUACCAAAUGCUGCACCACUUAAAGUAAUGUUUUUAAGGUUAUCAGCAGAUGGGUUCCUUCUUUGGAGGUGCACCCCAUAUCAUACAGUGUAGGUGAUGAUUGACAAUAGUCCUAUUGAAUGCUGGCGAGUUACCAAGGACAGUUUGGAAAUAGUUUGUGUAUGAUGACAGUGUAUUUGCAUAGUCCAUCAUAAAAGUUAUUGGCAAAUUGUUGGUACCCAAUAUGCAGUACUCUGUAAAUUUCCAACUGAGGAUAACAGAAGCAGAACCUGCACCAGAAUGCAUAAUCCAUCUGGGUUUAUAUUAUUCCCUCUUGUUUUUUAUUCUUUUGACCUGGUGGUAUCAUCUAUUGGAAUACUGUCAAUCAGGGGUACACGUGAUCCUGGACUUAUUGACCCUAUUGAGGAUCCAAUGGCUAUCCUUAAAAAAGGCUAUUCUGUCUUGAUUAUUUUGGCUGUUUUGACAUUUGGUGUGUCUACUUCAUGGCUCCUUUACACCGAACAGACACCUUCUGCAUAGUUAAACUUUGCCUCGUGGAUUGGUAGGAACAGUUACUGCAUAUGCUUUUGUUUGGAUCACAAAAUAUUACACUGAUUCCAAGCAUGAGGCUGUUCGUGUGUUAGCACAUUCUAGUGCUAUGGGUCAUGGAACUAAUAUAAUUGCCAGUGUUAGCUUGGACUAGAAUCAACAGCUCUUCCUGUUCUGGUGAUAAGCAUAGCUAUUAUCACAGCAUUUUGGCUGGGACAUACAUCAGGUUUAGUAGAUGAAACUGGAAAUCCAACUGGUGGUUUAUUUGGCAUAGCUGUAGGAACAAUGGGAAUGCUUAGCACUGAUGCAUAUGUUCUCACCAUGGAUAUGUUUGGUCCUGUAGCUGAUAAUGCUGGUGGUGGAAUUAUGGAGAUGAGUCAGCAAGUACAUAUCAUUGAUGAGUAUUUUUAUAUGGUUGAUUUAACAUGUGUGAGUGCUUAUCUUUUUCAUGUGCUUUUGUGAAAUCAACUUCUAUCAGCUCCUUUGAAACUUUGAGAGAGAUGAGAGGUCGUACUGACAUUAAAGCAUUAAAUUGGUCACUUUUUAUCUAAUAUGUUGCAGCAGUAACUUUUUUGCUUGCAGCCUGAAAGUGUUUGGGAGAUCACAGAUGUUUUAGAUGCUGUACGUAACACUACCAAAGCUAUUACUAAAGGAUUUGCUAUUGGUUCUGCCGCACUUGCCACCUUCCUUCUUUCCAGUGCAAUCAUAUCCCUUUUAAACAGUGCCUUUGCCUGCUCUGCUGUUGGAAGAACUGCACAAGAGGUUAAUAAUGAAGUUCGUAGACAAUUUAUUGAGAGGCCUGGUAUAAUGGUGAGUAGCCCAACAUCUCAUGUCAGGUAAAAUUUGACGAUAUAAUGAGUCAGGAUAUUGAUAUAGCAUUCAUAUCCGGCACUCCAGAGAAAGCCAGACUACAUUUGCCAUUGUGGCAUCUGCAUCAUUACAAGAAAUGAUAAAACCUGGUGCUUGGGCAACUAUAUCUCCAGUGGUAAUUGGACUUUUCUUCAGGUUAUUGGGCCACUAUACUGGUCAGCAGCUUCUUGGAGCCAAAGUUGUGGCUUUGAUGCUUAUGUUUGCAACAGUUGUUGGUAUUCUUUUGGCUCUGUUUCUAAAUACUGCUGGCAGUGCUUGGGAUAAUUCAAAGAAAUAUAUAGAGACUGGUGCACUUGGGAGGCAAAGCUAAAGUUCACGUAGCUUAAGUUCUUUUUCUUGCCUUUCUUUUUCAGUUUUUAUUUUGUAUUUGUUGCAGGCAACAUGUAUAUAACUGAGUUUUCAAUUUGUAACUGAAAACGGUAUAUCUUUUUCCAAGGUUAUAAUUGUUGUAGA